GGCCGAGGGUUCUUCCUGAUGCGGCGCCUCGUCCCGCCCCCUCUCUACCCCGCUCAAUCUCGCGUGCCGAGCGAUACGAGCCGGCUAGCAUGCCGCUCACACGCUAGCAUCGACUUCAACCUAAAUCUUAGCAGAAAUACAUGCCGCGUGGGUCCGCCUAGAGAGAUUAAAAAACAACAAUAUACAUAUAAAAUAAGAGCAGCGUCUGGCCUUUAGCCGGUGCGGUGUGUGAGUGUGGUCUGUGAGGAAGCUCUGAGUGACCGACACACCGCGGCAGAACAUGGCGGAGCACCGCGCCGCCUCCGACUGCAAGCACAAAGCGAGUCCGAACUCCAGCGGCUCUCUGUCGGGGAACGGGCGAGCCAGCACACCGGCGGCGUGCGGAAGCGGAGGCCUGUCCGGCGGGCUCACGCAACCUGCGGGCUGGCAGUCUCUCUUGUCAUUCACCAUUCUUUUUCUGGCCUGGCUAGCGGGCUUCAGCUCUCGCCUCUUCGCCGUCAUUCGAUUCGAGAGCAUCAUCCACGAGUUUGACCCUUGGUUCAACUACAGGUCAACUCAUCACCUCAGUACUAAUGGGUUUUAUGAAUUUCUCAACUGGUUUGAUGAGAGGGCAUGGUAUCCACUUGGCAGAAUCGUGGGAGGCACGGUGUACCCAGGUCUGAUGAUGACUGCAGGUCUGAUCCACUAUCUCCUAAACCUGCUCAAUGUGACCGUGCACAUCCGUGAUGUGUGUGUGUUCUUGGCUCCAAUCUUCAGUGGCCUGACUGCUAUCUCCACCUUCCUGCUGACGAGAGAGCUGUGGAACCAGGGAGCUGGGCUGCUGGCCGCCUGUUUCAUCGCCAUAGUACCUGGUUAUAUCUCUCGCUCUGUAGCAGGAUCUUUUGACAACGAGGGCAUCGCCAUCUUUGCUCUGCAGUUUACUUACUACCUUUGGGUGAAGUCUGUGAAGACCGGCUCAGUCUUCUGGACCAUUGGCUGUUGCCUCUCCUACUUCUAUAUGGUGUCUGCUUGGGGAGGAUAUGUUUUCAUCAUCAACCUGAUCCCUCUUCAUGUGUUUGCGCUGCUGCUCAUGCAGCGUUACAGCAGGAGGCUUUAUAUUGCUUACAGCACAUUUUAUAUAGUGGGCUUGGUGCUGUCCAUGCAAGUCCCGUUUGUAGGCUUCCAGCCUAUAAGGACGAGUGAGCACAUGGCUGCAGCAGGUGUCUUUGCCCUCCUGCAGGCAUAUGCCUUCUUGCAGUAUCUCAAGGACAGACUGACUAGGCAGGAGUUUCAGACCCUUUUCUUUCUUGGAGUCUCGUUGGCCGCUGGAGUCGUUUUCCUCACAGUCAUUUAUUUGACCUACACGGGCUACAUUGCACCUUGGAGUGGCCGCUUUUAUUCACUGUGGGACACUGGGUACGCCAAGAUCCACAUCCCAAUCAUAGCUUCGGUAUCAGAGCACCAACCCACCACCUGGGUCUCCUUCUUCUUUGACCUUCACAUCCUGGUGUGCACCUUCCCAGCAGGGCUUUGGUUCUGCAUCAAGAACAUUAACGAUGAGCGUGUGUUCGUGGCUCUUUACGCUAUCAGCGCCGUGUACUUUGCGGGCGUUAUGGUGCGACUCAUGCUGACCUUGACUCCAGUGGUGUGCAUGCUGUCCGCCAUCGCUUUCUCCAGCGUGUUCGAACACUACCUCGGAGACGACACGAAAAAGGAGAACCCACCAGCAGAGGACAGCAGUGACGAAGAUGACAAGAGGAACUCUGGCAAUCUCUAUGACAAGGCAGGAAAGGUGCGGAAACACGUAUCUGAGCAGGACCGCCAGGAGGAGGGCCUGGGGCCCAACAUCAAGAGCAUAGUCACCAUGCUGAUGCUCAUGCUGCUGAUGAUGUUUGCUGUGCACUGCACAUGGGUUACCAGCAACGCCUACUCCAGUCCCAGUGUGGUACUUGCUUCUUACAACCAUGACGGGUCAAGGAACAUUCUGGACGAUUUCCGCGAGGCGUAUUAUUGGCUUAGGCAGAACACAGACGAGCACGCACGAGUCAUGUCAUGGUGGGACUACGGCUAUCAGAUAGCGGGCAUGGCUAACCGAACGACACUGGUGGACAACAACACUUGGAACAACAGUCACAUAGCACUGGUGGGCAAGGCCAUGUCCUCUAAUGAGAGUGCUGCAUAUGAGAUUAUGAAAUCCUUGGAUGUCGAUUAUGUCCUUAUCAUUUUCGGCGGUGUGAUCGGCUACUCGGGAGACGACAUUAACAAGUUUCUAUGGAUGGUGCGCAUUGCAGAAGGGGAGCACCCUAAAGACAUCAGGGAGAGUGACUACUUCACCCCUCAGGGAGAGUUUCGAGUAGAUAAGGCUGGCUCUCCAACUCUGCUUAACUGCCUCAUGUACAAGAUGUCCUACUACCGCUUUGGAGAGAUGCAGCUGGACUUCCGCACACCACCAGGGUUUGACCGGACACGGAAUGCUGAGAUUGGCAACAAGGACAUUCGUCUGAAACAUCUCGAGGAGGCGUUUACUUCUGAGCACUGGCUGGUGCGAAUCUACAGAGUGAAGAAACAGGAGAACCGGCAGGCUCUGGACCACAAGCUCCGCAACGUCGCCGCCAAACAGAAGUACACCUCAAAAAAGACUGUCAAGAGGAAGAGAGGAUACAUAAAAAAUAAACUGAUCCUGAAAAAAGGCAAGAAACUGAAUAAAAAAUCAGUUUAGUUGUUGAACGAAAAAUGGUAAAAAAAAAAUGGCAAACAAGGCAAAAUAGACAAUGACAAAUGCAACCAGUAAUCCACCAAUCAAGAAGAAAAACAAACCAGUCGUCUGGCAUCUGACCACCUGAAAAUAUUUGAUUGGAGGCUUUGACCCCCGUGAUUGCCAUGACGACCGGAGGCUGUGAUCUGACUGAGGGAGUUGAAAGAGAGGGCGUGGACAGGGAUCUCUAUUUUAAUCUAAUGAUUCUGAUUUUUUUUUUUUUUGUACUUGAAUGUGUUUGUAAGGCAGGUGAGCCGUCAAGUCCAUCAAGAUGGCAACCUUCUGUUUGUGGUACAAUUCUAUCAAAUCCACGACUACAGUAAUAUAAAAUAAGAUGAAGUGGUAAGCUGAGUGAACCUUGGAGCAAUAGCACCAAAGAUCCAGUUUUUUUUUCUGUUUUGUUUUUCAGAGCCUAUGUUAACUUGUUACUUUUUGAUAAACAGUUGAAAUAAUUAAAAGCUCUGGAGUGUGAGGGGGUAGGGAUAUACAUAUAGGGUUAGUGUACAGUGUGAGAGGGCCAGGUUCACAUGCAGUCUUUCACUUAUUACAGACACAACACUCCGGUGUAGUUCUCAGAAUGCAUUGAGUUCCUUGUCACCUGAAUGUGUGCAUCUCAGCACAACAGGGCUUGCAGAGGACGGAGUCAUUACUAAUGUGCUUAACUAUUAUGGUGAUUUUUUUUUUUUUUUUUGGUUAUAGAAUUUUCUUUAUUGUCCAAUUGAAAUAUCGGUUUAAUUUUGCUCUUGUUUUGAGGUGCGGUUUGGAUACAGCCGUGCCCCAAGGAAGUGAAUACUGUAGAUAGACUGUUGAAUAAAGGCUGUUCUGCAGUGUUGGGCCUUGUAGGAAUUUGCUUCUCUUUUUUUUAAUGACUAUCACUUUGCCUGUGCUUAAAGCCAGGAAGAAGUGACACUUGUAUUAGUUGUAGGGGUGUUUUUUAUUUUUUAUUAUACAAUGCUGCAUAAUUAGCUUGUGCACUUUUGGCUUAGUUCACCUUAAAAGUGGAUCCACUACUGAGUAGCAUGCAGGUGACGAGUGUGUAUUCUUAGUGAUAACGUUUCUAUUCCGGGUGACACAUUUGCAUCCCCCCCUCAUUUACGUUUCUGUCUUUUGCUCCUGGCAGACAGCCAUCUUGAUGGUCCUCCAUAUUUCUGAAUCUUGAUUCGUUCUCUUGCUCCAUGUUUUUCUUGGUUUUCUCUCUCCUCUGCGCACUGCCUCUACUUUCUUUUGUGUGCGAGUUAACAGGAGGGCAGUUUUAGUUCUUUCGGGUGAAAAUAAAACGCUGACUCAAUUUAACAGCCAUCUGCUUAACAACAUAUCUAUUUCAUGAUUAAUUCAUAGACUCAAGAGCUAUUUAUUUAUAAGAACAAAACGGAAGAGGGCAGUAUCUCGUCACAAGAUGCGGACCUCUGUGUGUUUGAGUUGGGAUUUUUUUCCACGAGUUGUCAGAGUUUGAUAAGAAUUUUGAAACAGGAUGCGAUUGUCAGAAUCAGUGAUGCCUUUGAAAUUAAAGGAGUAUAUAAAAGGUACUGCCUUAUCCCCAA